AUGGCGAACGCUGCAGAUAAGGCGCGUUUUUUCUUGGAACAGUCAGUUCCCGAGCUGCGCGAGCUCGAGGUCAAGAAAAUCUUCACAAGAGAUGAAAUCACUUCAAUCGCAAAGAAGCGCUCCGGCUUCGAACACACCAUCAAUUCGCGCGGCUCGCACGCCUCCGACUAUGCUCGAUAUGCCGAAUACGAGAUGAACCUUGAAGCGCUCCGGAAACACAGAGUUAAGAGAUUAGGCGUCAAAGUCCCCGGAUUCACAGGCCAGAAGCACAUCUUCUUCAUUCUACAACGUGGAACGCGAAAGUUCCCCACCGACAUCGGGCUCUGGAUGCAGUAUAUCGAGUUUGCGCGGAAAGAGAAGGCCUUCAAGAAACUCAAUGAUAUUCUUGCGAGUUUACUACGACUGCACCCAGCCAAACCGGAGCUAUGGAUUUACGCGGCGCGCUACUCGGUAGAUACCCAGGCGGAUUACACGAAUGCGAGGAGCUAUAUGCAGCGGGGAUUGCGGUUCUGCAAACACUCAAAGAUCAUGUGGAUUCAAUGGGCAAGGCUGGAAAUGAACUAUAUUGCAAAGAUUGCGACCCGAAGGAAGAUUCUAGGACUUGACGCCGAUCCGGCCACGAAAAGCCAGGCCCAGGAGGAUACAGAGGAUAUGAUUGUUUUGCCCUCUCUCACGGCCGAAGACAUCAAUCCGAGUCUUGCCACUACCGAUGCUGUGGAUCAGACCGCAUUACAAAAUCUGGCUUCAUCCCCCGCACUCUCGGGUGCGAUCCCGCUCGCCGUUUUCGACACUGCAAUGAACGAGUUCAGGAAUAAUGCAAGCUUUGCCGAGGAGUUCUUCACCAUGUUUAACGACUUCGAUGCUUCUACGGUUGCCUGCGUGCGGAAAAUCCUGUCCCAUGUGCUCGAUUAUCUCCGCCAGACAUCUCCGAAGAGCGCUGCUACUGCGAUGUGCGAGUUCCGAGCACCUCUCAUAGGCGUACCAGAGACCUCCCCUGAUUUUGCGAGCGCUCUUGGACAUGCGCUUGAUCACCUCAACACCUCACUAGGAGCAAUGCCGGAGAGCAAGCAGCCGCUGCUGAGGUGCGCUAUACAGUGGAUCCUACCCCUGGUACGGAGUGGGGAAAUCACGGACUCCGGGAUCCAGAAGGUUCUCUCCUCGUCACUACGGAAGUUCUGCCGAAUCAUGGGAGAAGAAAACCCAAAUGCGCUUGUAGAACUUGCAGCGGUCCUCCGGAAAGAAGGUAGAGCGGACGACGCUGCCUUCUUAACGAAUUUGAUUACACAAAUGCAAAAAGUCUGA